AUGGUGAUGGAGGUUCAAGAGCAACUAAUAAAGAAAGAUGACAUUAUUGUCACAAGUAAUGACCCUAAAUUUCUUGAAGGAUUUGUGCAAAAGCUCUCAUUUCGUUUCUCGCUAAAAGACCUCGGUGACUUGUCUUACUUUCUUGGAGUUGAGGUCAUGCCUCAUUCAAAUGGGUUAUUUUUAAGUCAGAGGAAGUAUAUUAAUGAUAUUUUGCACAAAGCAAAUAUGGAAGAUGCUAAACCUAUUGCUACUCCAUUGCCCGACAUUGCCUUCACCGUGAAUAAGCUGGCUCAAUAUAUGCAAUGUCCAAUCGAAUACCACAUGCAAUCUCUACGACGCCUUCUACGCUACUUCAGUGGGACUUCCCACAUGGGACUUCUUUUAGACAAAGACUCUCCUCUCACAUUACAUGCUUACUCUGAUGUGGAUUGGGCUCAGCUUGGGAUAAGGAUGAUUAUAUUUCCACAACAACCUACAUUGUUUACCUUGGCAAAAAUCCCAUCUCUUGGACGUCUAAGAAGCAACGUACUCAGUGGCGUAUAA